CAAUGAGUCACGCGUCUUUAAGUCAGGACCAUAUUGAAGAGCUGAUUGAGAGAAAACAGGACCAGCAGUAUAGUAAGCCUGAAGUUAGCCAAAUAGCUAGCUUUCAGAUAGAUGGCCCAGAAUGUGUAGAAGGUAAUGAAAAGAAGUACCCAAAUCCAAUUAUGGGUUAUGUUUUCAUUAUGAUUUGUAUUCUGUUGUUUUGAUGCUCUCUGACACUGUGAAAAUAUGUGUUUCUGGAUAAUCCUCAUAUUGAAGGAUUUGAUUAUGCUUUCUUCAGAGGGAUUACAUGUAUGCUCAGUGGAACUAUUGCUGCCUGAUACUCAAAAGUGAAUAUUCUGAAAAUUUCUCAGCCUAUUUUGAUUGCGGUUAUUAUCAGAAUUCUUACUGGACUUAUUGCAAUGCCUUUGUUUUAUAUAGCGAUAAAAUAUCUUCCUCCAAGUCAGGCUGCGGUGAGCCAGAGUAUUCACCCUAUGAUAGGAAUGAUUUAUGCAUAUAUUUUUCUUGGAGAGAGAUUUCCUAAGAAGAAUAUUGUUUUUCUCAUUUGUGCCUGAGGAGGAGUCCUUUUGAUAAAUUUCACAAAAGUCACAAGUGAUGAGGAUGAGGUUGAUAGUGAUAAAGUGAAAUAUGGAAUACUUUGCAGUAUUAUAAGCCUUAUUUUUAUUGCUACAAUGGUAGUUUGUGCAAAGCAAAUCACCAACCAUGCAGAUCCAAUAUUUUCUCCAUUUUACUUUUCUUUCGGGAUGUUCUUAGCUGCUGUAAUUUUGAUACUAUUUCAAAGAGAUCGUUUACAUUUCGAGCAUUAUAGAAAGAAAGAUGUAUUUUUAUUAAUUCUGAGCUGUAUCUGUAGCUAUUUAUCUCAUUCAUUUCAGAGUUAUGCUACAACUUAUACCUUGGCAUCUAAUUUGCAGCCGCUUUCUUGCUCAACACCUUGAUUCCUUCUAUUUGUUGAUAUCUUCUUUUUCAAUUAUCAUUUUCAACAAAUGUACUUCGUGGGAUUUGCGAUUAUCAUUAUCUGUUUAAUAACACCAAUCAUCAUUUCCAUGACUCAAAGACUAUCAAAAGACAAGGUCCAAAACUAGUCCAAAUCUGAAACCCAUCCACUAAAAUUGACAAUUCAAACAUUUCAACGU